UUGGCUGGUUGGUUGUUUUUUUGAGCUUGGAGAAUCCUUGCAUCAGGGCCCACUUCUGGAAGACCGUGUAGAUCCAUUUCUUGGCUUUACAGGGAAUGCCAGCAUCCUGGGUCCGAGGAGCUAUAGCUGUUGCCAGUGUUCUUUCCCUAGGGCCAGAUUUCUUCAGCGUAGUCAGACUCAGUGUUGAAUUGUUUAAUAUGGGUGACAUCACGUCCUCUUCAUCCUUUCUACCCCAAAAUCCCAUGUCUAGGUUGAAAGGGGGCUGCCAAGGAAUUAGGUCCUCAUGAGCGGAGGUUCAGGUGCUCCACAAAGAGGAGCUUUAGUUGAAGGACUUCAGCUCAGUUAUGCACAGACCUCAAGAAGGCAGGCAGUGGCUGGACAUUGCUGACUCUGCGUUGACUUCCACUAGGAACAGAUUUGCUUAAGAACAGAAAAGAUCAUUUGGUGACUUUGCCUGAUGAGCUUCCCUUCCCCUCUCCCACUCUAGGCAACACAGUUGACCUAGGCCAGUUCAGGUAUUUCCAGUUUGACUGUGGUAGACCUACGUUGAGCUUCAGUGCUUCAGUGGUCGUAACUGUAGCAAAUGGACCUACAGGAAGCAACCCUGGGAGGGACCGUCCUUCUGCAGAGGCCUGCGGGCAUAGAGGCUAUCAGUCCUCAGGGCUUGGGGAGCAGAAGGGGAGAACACCAAGUGCUCUUACUACCCUGAGCUCCUUUUAAUGUGUAAGCUUUGUUUUCGGCCCUCUUUGAGGGCAGGGCCAAGCUUUUCUAAGUGCCUCUCACCCUAGGGUUGCCCUUUAGGAGAGGUACCUCUUGAAUGGCUGGAUUGGCCCUGCCCAUUAUGAAACUGCUAUAUGUAGGAAUGGCAGAUGAGGAAACAUACAAGGCCUCAGUGCCCCAUGGCCUCUUUACAAAAGGAGAAGUUGGAAGGGGGUUGUGGGAGGAGCCCCUGGGGGCCUAGCCUGUCCUCCACCAGAACCUGGAGUUGCUGCCAGCAGAGGACCUGUGCCUCAGCUGAGGACUACCUUUGGAAUGUCAGGCGGUGUGACUGUGUAGGCCCUCUCCUCAUCCUCGUUUCUGUGGCAUGGCACAGGUUGCCCAGUAGCUUGAGCUUGCCCCAUGUUGACAUGCCUCCACAAGCUUACAUUUGCUCUGGCUACAGCUCAGUGCCCCAUUCUGGAGGGCACUUUCUGGUGCAUGGAAGGAGAGAAGAAAGCAAAGGCCACAUGCCUGGUAUGGCCAAGCCAAAGACAGGUCCACCUGUCAGGGGAAGGAAGAAGUGAAGGGGACAUGCAGGGCUUUGGGGGCCAGAUUGGCUCAGAAACAUGUAGGUUGAAAGAACAGAGGUGGCCCAGUCAAUAGGUUUCACAGGGAGCCAUGGCCUGUAUUUGGGGCAUUGGGGAGCAGCAGGCAUCUGAACUGGUCUGAAUCUCACUCUUUUCUUGGGCCAAGCCAAUGUGGAGAGAAGGAACCCAACCAGACCCCUGGCAACCUGCCUUACAGGGUAGCGCACAUAUCUGCCCAAUGCCAACCCUCUGCUGCUCCAGCUUUGGUACAAGAGUGAGGGAGAAGCUGGCGCUUGCCCACCCAGUGGCCAGUGGGCCUGUCUUCCCAGCUCCUCCUCAGGGCUUUGCUGUCAGUGCCAAGCCGGUUCCCCAGCCAGAUUUCCAUGUGCCAUUUGCCAGCGUGUGGGAGCUCUGCGCAUGUAUGAGGGUGUUUGUAAAAGAGGGCAGUUUACUUUCAAAUGGCCUCAGAAAGGGAAAAGAGUGCUCCCUCCAGCCCCCAGGUGGCCUUGACCAGGGAUGUGGGCCAAGGAGUACAGUCUGUGGAGCUGGCCAACUUGUGGCAUCCACUCCGAAUAACAGAGACCCAGUCACGCCUACUUCGGGUCCUCCCGGCCCUCAGUAUUUGCUUUUGUUCACCAAAGAUGAUCUGACCCACCUUCCUCCCAGAGGCACAACAGUAACAUAUUCCUCUGUCAGCCUGUGAGGGCAUGUGGGGUUCUGAAGCCACGGACUCAGUCUCCCCAAGUCAGCAAUCUCUUUCUCUGUCUCUCUCCUCGAACUUCAUCGCAUUUGUAGAAGCUACUUGCAGGGUCGCUGGGCUAACCAGGGCGAUCGGCGAACUUUACUGUACAGUACCUCAGUCUAGCUGUCAGAUCAUCCCUUUUGCUGUAGCCUAUGUUGGGGUUUUUAUAUUUGUGAUCAUUGGUAAUUCAGUGUCUUAUGAAGUGGGCACAGCUCCCCACAGAGUGCAAGUUGUCAGCACGUCUCUGUGCACUGGUUGUUGCGCAGGGCAGUGCCCUGUGGAUGAGCUAGGUGGCUCAGGGGGCAGCAGAAGGGCCCUUUUCCCUGCUCCCUCUGCCACAAAUACUUCCCUGGAUUUGUAGACGUUGACCCAGAGUCAUCUGUCCCCUCCUGAAAAGGAUUUUCUUACUGGUUUCGACUGAAGGGGAAGUAGGGGAGGAGGAAAAAAGGACCAUGUGUGAUGCUCUCAGAGAAGACACUGAUGCUGAUUAUGGAGGGUUUCCUGCAGGUCCUCGUGGGCUCCUGGGCAAGACCCCAGGCUGGGAAGGGGUUCCCCCCACUGCCCAUCCUGCCUGCUCUGUGCUGGGCAGAGUCAGUGACAGGGAGGCGGCCCUCUUCUUAUGUAUAUAGAGUGAGCUGAUUUGGGCUCAGGAAAACCUAGUCACUUGUUGCUCUCUUCUGUGACAUUUUUGUACGCUGGUUUGCUACUCACGGCAAGAAACAGACAAAACCCCGUGAAAAACAAAACAAAACAAAAGUCAUUUCAAAAAAAGCUGUUGUUUUGAAAACUCUUGCUUUCUUUUGGUGUCAAUUUUGUGUUUCGUUUUAAAGAAUCCUUCAUUUAUAUUGGUGUUACUGUAGUGAAGAGAAUAUGAUAGGCUGAUCUGUAAUGGUUUCUGCCAGGAGCUUAGCAAAUGCCUCUGACCCUCUUCCCCUACCCCUAUCCUUCCUCGAUUUCCAGUUGGGAUUGCUAUGCUCUGGGCAGACCCCUCACCGUCUCCCCUGAAACCCCACACAGUGGCUGUCUUUAGAACCAGUCUUUGUACUCUCCCUCAACAGCAGCAGGGUAAGGCUGGUUCUUGCGUGCUCUGUGACCCCACCAGUUUGCACACCUCUUGGGGCGUUUUGUAAUGUGUUUUCUCUGUUUUGUAAAAUCUUUUGAUUGUACUGAAAUGGUUUCUGCAGUUGCCUUUGGAAAUAAAUGGUCAUUAAUUUGUUUACUUAGCAUUCUGCAUUUUAGUCUCAAGUGUUUCUGUUGUUGGAGAUCCUUGAAUGAAAAGGAACCCUCACCAUGGGACUUACUGCUAUGUUUUCUUCAUUUACUGUUAAUUAGAAGAUUUAUGAGA